AGAAAGAUUGAGCAGAUACGAGAGGAAAAACUUAUCGCAAAAAGAAAAGAAGCAGAAGCUGCAGAAAUUCUCUACAAAAAAGCAAAGUUAGACCCAGUUGUGAGCCCCAGCUUAAACAGCCUUCAUGAAAAUGAUAUUCUUCCUAUAAACGCAAUACAUAGACAAAAUCAAAAGUCAUUGCCUGCAUCACCGUUUCAAGUCCGUAAUUGCGACAAAGAAUCAAAAUCGGUUCAAAUAGCAAAACCAAGUGAAGCCAUAUCUCUAUCAAAGAGCUCUGAAAAAAUUAAGCGAGAAAGCUUACCCCUCCAACCUUCUAAGCCUACAAAUGAAGUAAAAAAUACGAGCAAAAAGUCAUUUAACUUUCAGGAUCUACUUGAUCUGGCAAAGAAAAAUGUUGAGCAAGGAACGAAAAAACCUUCAUUACUUACGCAAGAGGCUCAGGAAGAUUUCAUGGUCCAGGCCAAGCCGGAUAUUGUUUUGCUCCCGAGGUCGAAAUCGGAUACUCACACAAAGGGGCCACUAUCUAAAUCAUUGCCAUCGCCUAAGUUAGAAAGCCAACCAAAAAGUAAAAACAAGCCCUUAGAGUAUGUGAUUAAUUCAUUUAACAAGCAUAAAUUGAGCCAAUCAAAUGCAUUGAUAUCCCAGGCCUACAACACUGCACAUAAAGUUGCUCCUCAUUGCCCCGCUAAGUUAGAUCAUCCUAUUUCAAAACUGGAAACGCUAGGCAAAUGCAGAACAGGUGAAAAAAAUGAACGCACAUUGCCUAUCAAUUCGACUAAUCUUACUCAGCAACCCUCCAAGCGAAUUACUUCUCAAAUAUCUGCUGACAUUCAUGGGCCGGCAAAACAUAAAAUUCCUGAUCGUAAUAGUAUAUCCAUUGAAUCAACUAGCGCACAUCAAUCAAAAUUGAGUGUUCUUUCUGGGAUAUCGGCCCAGCUUGGCUAUGCUCUCAACUUGUCAAACAAAACAGAGUCUAAUAGGGAAUCACCAACUAACACAAUGGAGCCUAGAAUUGCUGCUCAGAACUCAGAAAAGUGCACUUUCUUAUCCACGGCAAAAAUGGCCCAGCCUAAGUCU